CACUCACAUAACCAAAAUGCAUGCAGGUACUCCAUCUGCGCUAUCAUCCGCACCCGCUCUCGGCCCAUCUCUAGGUUGAGGUAUAUAGCCCCAAGGUAAGUUCCUCUCAUUGUUCGUCAUUCGUGAAGCCACGAAUUCGAGCCCAAUCCUCAAUCUCCCGAACGGACAUUGAAGUCGGUACUUCUCAUUACCUGGCGUUGUCACGAAGAUGGCGGAAUCAAAGCAGCUGGUUCUAGGAUAUGAUAGUAUUCAUCCUUUCGCGAAAGUUGAUAUCACAGAUAGAGCGAGUGUACAGGAGCUUUUGAGGACAUUGCUUGAUCCAUUGAAGACCCAUUUCUCUCCUCUCAAGGCGAGGAUCAGAACUCCAGGUGGAAGUGCAGUGAGGUUUGACCAGACUGCUGCAGAAAUCGAGGGGACAUGUAGGCCAUUGUGGGGAUUGGCUAGUUUGCUGGCUGGUGGUGGCGAGUAUGAUGGGACGGCGUGGUGGAUUGAAGCUUUGAAACAAGGCACGAAUCCUGAAAGCCCAGAAUAUUGGGGAGAUCCUCGUGACAAUGACCAGCGGAUGGUGGAAAUGUGCCCUCUAGGGUUUACACUUGCAGUUGCACCUGUUUUCUGGGACUCAUUGUCUGAGAAGGAACGACCAAAUGUUGAAAGAUGGCUUGGGAACAGCAUAAACGAGAAGAAUAUGCCAAAUACCAAUUGGCUAUGGUUCAGGGUAUUCGCGAAUCUUGGACUGAAGAAGAAUGGCGGGAAGUACUCACAGGAGAAAAUUGAGCAAGACAUUGUUCACCUGAACUCCUUCUAUCGAGGAGAAGGAUGGUCGAAUGAUGGGCCCGUAGGUGUCUGGCAACAGGAUUACUACAGUGGUAGCUUCGCUAUCCAGUUCCUGCAGCUUCUGUACGCCAAAAUUGCUGGGGGCGAUGAUCCAGCAAAGGCUACAGAAUUCAAGAAGAGAGCGCAGGACUAUGCUCUGGACUUCGUCCAUUACUUCGAUGAGGAAGGUCGAGCGAUUCCCUUUGGCCGAAGUGUGGGAUAUCGAUUUGCCAUGGCAUCGUUCUGGGGCGCGUGCGCUUAUGCGGACAUCGAGCUUCCGGCACCAUUAACUUGGGGCAUCGUUAAAGGCUUGCUGCUAAGGAACCUCCGUUGGUGGCAGACUCAAGGCCAGAUAUGGAGCCCUACAGGAACCUUGACCAUUGGCUAUGCGUACCCCAACAUGUACAUGGCCGAGAACUACAACUCUCCGAUGAGUCCAUAUUGGGCAUGUCUUGCAUUUAUUUGCUUGGCUGUUCCAGCAGAUCAUGCUUUCUGGACUUCGAAAGAGGAACCAUACCCGACAGACAUGCUGCAAAAAGUUCGAGCUCUGAAGCAUCCUGGUCACAUUAUCAGCUAUCUCGGAGGCCAUCGACUUUUGUUGUCAUCCGGACAAGCAUGCAGCUAUCCGAUGAAAGGAACACAUGCGAAGUACGGAAGCUUUGCAUAUAGCAGUGAAUAUGCAUAUUCGGUGCCAUCUGGAUGCUUCACGUUGGAGCAAUUUGCUCUUGCUUCUCAGCUUGGACUGUCGGAUGAUGGUGGGGAAUUCUGGAAGACACGCCGCCUUUGUGAAGAGGCUGUCAUUGAGACACAUGAGGACCUGCCUGUCCUCAAGUCGAUCUGGAAACCGUAUCCCGAUGUUAAAAUCAAGACAUAUCUCAUCCCGCCAGUCGAAGCUACACCGAACUGGCAUUUCCGAGUACACAACAUCGAGGCAGGUCGUGAAGUCAUGACUGCAGAUGGGGCUUUCGCAAUUCACAAUGAAAGAAAGCCAGAUGGUCGGUACCUCGACCUCUACGACUCGAAGAAAUGUGAAGGAACACUCCCCAAGAUCAUUGGAAACUACGAUCUGAACACCCCAGAAGGAUGGUCUCCUGGCGCAGUCGGUGCUUUUGCUAUGUCUAAAGGCGCCGUGGGAAUCGUUGCUUUGGAAGCCGAUACUCCAAGAACUGCAAUGCAUGUGAAUGCUGACCCAAACACGAAUCUACAAGAGGCACGAACAAUCAUACCAACCCUGCAGCACACGAUAAAGAAAGGCGAGACUGUUUGGUAUGUUACAGCGAUUUAUGCGAAACCUCCUCGGAAAGACGUGCUUCCUGAGACUUAUCUUGACGGUUGGGACAGCAAACCUGUCAUUCCUCAGUGGCUCAAGGAUGAGAUGGUAUGAGAUAAUAUACUUUCAAAUAUAUGAAUCUUCAGCCUCAAAACAUGAUUCGAUGUUGCAACAAACCAAUCGGCUUCGUACAGCUUUGAAUGCGCUCAUCCGAGGGAGCUUGCCUUGAUUCGGAUACAUUUCUAACACCCGCAUCGAGGGUUACACUGAAGAGUAUCGAGCUCGUGUAAGGAGUAUGCAGCCCAAAUUGGAUCGGCACCACU